GUGGGCACAGGUGGGUGGCACUGGUGGGCACAGGUGGGUGGCACUGCUGGGCACAGGUGGGUGGCACUUCUGGGCACAGGUAGGUGGCACUGCAGAGUGGCACAGGUGGGUGCACUGCUGGGCACAGGUGGGGGCACUGCUGGGCACGGGUGGGCGGAGCUAGUGGGCGCACUGCUGGGCGGAAUUUGCAGGGUGUCACUGCUGGGCACCGAUCAUCAGGGCACUGAUCAUCAGUGCCCUGAUGAUCGGUGCCGAUCCCGGCUCUGACAACUGCCGGUUCUCGGCAGUACUUUCCUCACGAUCUGACAGCGUGAGGAAAGUGCAGCCGAGAACCGGCACUUGCAU